AUGGUUGGCCACAAAGGAGCUCUUGCGUAUUUUGAGAAUGACACCAAAACUAUGUGGCUAAUGCAUGAAUAUACAAUCAACGGACCCAAUCUUCCUUUCGAAAACGGAGACAAGUUGAACGAAUGGGUGUUGUGCAAGAUUUACAAGACGGUGAGGAUCAAGAAGUUAGGAAAUCCAAAGGAGGUGAUGGAAGAACCAAACGUACCUUUGCCCAAGAGACAAUGA